GUUUGUAUUCGAUGAAUAUUAAACGCCGAGACAAGGAUCGGCAUAAUGCCCUUUGUCUACAAUGUUGGCGUAGAAACUGUUUUGUUUCUCCCGAAACAAAGGUAAUCAAAAUCCGUUAGCGUAAGAUGUUCUCAUUGUCACACGCUGUUCGUGCAUAAUGUCGGUACAUCUGUAUUUCUGUUUUACCGGAGAAACAGACAUCCGCUGUCAAUCUAGUAUUCUAUGAGGAUAGACAUGUGUGUGAUGGAUAUAUAAAGAGGGCUUUCCCUUUCUUUUGCAAGUGUUUUCGUCUUUAUCCCCUCUUUUCUAUCUUGAAAGAAUUUGUUCUAAUCAAUACCCCAUCCGCUACUACCGCAAAAAUGCAACGUACACUUAUCUUCGCACUUGUCUCCCUCAUUGCAAUGAUGUCGGCUGUGACUGCAUCCCCAAUGCCAACUGCAGCACCUAUGAUUCGUCGUCAAGGUAGCGGUGCUCAAACCACCGCGCCAUACACGAGCACAAUUGACCCAAGUCAAGGAUUGCACGGAAAUGGAUGCUCAGAAGGAAACGACAGUAACGUCGUAACCUGCUGUCCAGCCGGCUAUCAAAAUCAAAACAUUAACGGUCAACAAAGUUGUGUGAAACUGGGUAGCAGUAGUGGCGGAAGUGAUAGUGGUAAUGAUGCCCCGGUAGGACAAGGAAACGGAUCGGAUAACGGAAAUGAUUCGAACAAUAGCGUUCCAACCGAUAACGGAAAUGAUUCAGGAGAAGGAAAUGAUAGUAACAAUCAAACGAUCACUGGCGAUGAUAGUGGAGCUACAACGUACACCUCUGAUGGAGGAGUGGUUGUUUCUAAUUCUAUCAAUCAGGUCAAUACAUUCUCUAGCCAUCAAGGUCAAAGCACAAGCAUGAGCUCGAGCAAUGGUAAAUCUGGCUCGAAUGGCGGAUCGGUCGUACAUGUUCCCGUCUCUCUGGUUUUGGCCGUGAUCGGAGCAGUUGCUAUUGGUGCAUUCUAAUGAAUUUUCGAAUGAUUUUUAUACGAUGAUGUCAGUAUUUGCCACUUCAUAAUAGUCAUACUCUAUCAAUGACAUAAUUUGACCAGUAUC